CGGUCGCUCUGGUCGUGUCGAAGUGCAAUAAGAUAAAAGAAUUAUAUAACAGUAAGAAAAACUUUAUUGAAGUGCUUAAUAAAAUGGAGAAACAUCUGAAGAAAGAAAAUUUAAACAAAAAGCAGACAAAGAAAGCGGGAACAAGGAUUCCUGUACCCCUGGCACCUUUACCAACUUUGCCGGGCCAUUUGCUGAACAAAUCACGCCAGAGACCUCCAAUGAAUACUUUAUCUGGCUCCAGUGGACUCACCCAAAAUGUGCCCUCUUCAAAUUUGUUAUGCGAGGCUGGCCCAAGCAAUUCAAAAACCAAAGGGCUUGACACUACAUUUGUCAUCAAUAGACCAAAAGGUUCUUUUCAAAUGGACACUACAUUUGUCAUCGAUAGACCAAAAGGUUCUUUUCAAAUGGACACUACAUUUGUCAUCGAUAGACCAAAAAGUCCUUUUCAAAUUGACACUUCAUUUGUCGAAACACACCCUGUCGCACGGGGUUGUGAAGAUAUCGACGAUUUUGUCACUUACCAAGACGAGGGAAGUGCUAUUAUUAUUAGCAGUGAUGAAGAAAUUCAUUCGCCCGAACCAGAUAAAGAUGGCCUUGCUAAUAAGAAGCGAAUAUCAGAAAGUGCCCCUGAUUUAGACUAGCUGCAAAGGAAAAGGCCGUGAACAUCGGGAACACGUGCACCUUUCUUCGCCGCGCGGUGCGCAUGAUAGGUGCUAAGAACUACAGCUACAAGCUCAUAUUCAAACAGAACGGAUUGAAUUCCAUCGUGCAAACCAUCGUGAGUGCGGCCAACGUGCUCGAUCUCAUGGACACUAUGGGCACAAUUGCGCAAUUAUACAGCAAACAAGCUGCACGUAGACCUACAAAUGAAGGACAGUAAUUUAUAUUAAUAGCUAG